AUGGUCUCGAGCGAGCAAGCGUCGUACACGUCCAUUGGGAUUGUGAUAGCUAUCAGUGGCAAUAUCUUGAUUUCUCUGGCGCUCAAUAUCCAAAAAGUCGCUCACAAGCACUUGCACCGAGCAAGCUCCAGUCCUCGCUCAACGCCUGCGCUCAGCAGACACGCCUCGGCACCAGAUAAUCGCGACGAUUUUAUCGAAUCGAGACCUCUUCUUCCCCGCACUGCGUCCUCCCCCGGUCCCGAGCAAGGUUAUGGAGCGACAAAGUCGAAACGCGUCUUCAAUUUCCCUCGGAUACGCUUCAUCCAGAAGCAGCCUACUCCAGCGCUCGAAAGUCCCCCAAUAUCACCCAAUGGAGACAUCGAACACGACCGGGAUGACGAUGAGCUCGACGAGACGGCAAAAAUGGCAGAGUCUGACUAUCUUCGCUCCAAACUUUGGUGGUUUGGAUUCCUUCUCAUGAAUAUUGGCGAGAUUGGCAACUUCCUCAGCUAUGCAUAUGCGCCAGCAAGUCUCGUCGCUCCUUUGGGCACUGUAGCUCUCGUCGCCAACUGCUUCUUUGCGCCGCUUCUGCUGCACGAGCAAUUCCGCAAGGCACACUUCCUUGGAAUCAUUCUCGCCGUAGUGGGCUCAAUCACCGUCGUUUUGAGCUCCAAGCCUACAGACGUCCGGCUAGAUAAGGACGGCCUCAUCCACGCCCUCUUACAGCCCUUGUUCAUCGGCUAUACCAUCUUUAAUUUCCUUGCAAUCCUGUUCCUAAUGGUUCUCUCGCAAGGCAACGCGGGUAGAGAAUGGAUAUUUGUCGACGUUGGUAUCUGUGCCUUAUUCGGAGGCUAUACAGUACUUGCUACCAAGGGUUUAAGUACUUUGCUCAGCCUCAAACUCAUUCAAGUCUUCAAACUCUGGAUCACCUAUCCCCUGAUAUUCGUCCUUGUAGGGACUGGCGUCGGUCAAAUUCGCUACCUCAAUAGAGCCCUAAUGAAGUUUGACAGCAAGCACGUUAUACCCACUCAAUUCGUAAUGUUCAACCUCACUGCAAUCAUCGGUUCGGCAAUUUUAUAUCGAGACUUCGAGAACAUCACCCUUCAUAAAAUGAUCAGCUUUAUCUAUGGCAUCCUGACCGUGUUUGCUGCCAUCUUUAUUCUUACCUAUGCACCUCCUGUCGAUUCCACGGGUACACCACUAGUGUCCCUCGACGAUCCUAUUGCCGUUAUCACCAGCCCCGUCACGCCCACCGCCCACGAUAGUAUCCCAGAACCUGGUGCCGCCGUCAAUAUUGGAGGCGGGAACAAGUUUGUGGUCCGGACAAAAGCUAGCAUGUCCAACCUGGGCAUCUCGCCCGGCCAAUAUCUGCUCUUGGCCGCCUCACCGCCAGGAGAGGGAGUUUCGAGGCCACGCGAUCCAGAACGCAACAAUUAUGGCUCUAUGCGUGCUCGUCGCGGCCGCUCCUAUGCAGGGGAUAUUGGCGAGCGUUCGGGGUCAGCGGAUGGGGGUAGAAGGCGAACAAUACAUUUCGAAGGAGAUACAGGGAGAUAA